AAACAGCGCUACAUGUCGUCGACGGAAACAGUUAUAGCUCACCGGAAGUGUAGAGCAAUUCCAGCGUGAUAACAAUGCUAAUGCUGGAUUCAAAUGAUGAUGAAGUAUCACUGUUUGAUGCAGAAGAGGAUUCUGCCAGAAAUUCUCGAAAAUCAAAAAUCAAGCACCCCAUAGCCUCAUUCUUCCACCUGUUUUUCCGAGUAAGCGCAACUCUCAUCUAUCUGCUGUGUGAACGGCUCAGCAACAGCUUCAUCGCCUCCAUGGUCACCAUCAUCCUCCUCCUGUCAUGUGACUUCUGGACAGUAAAGAACAUCACAGGUCGUCUGAUGGUGGGCCUGCGCUGGUGGAACCAGGUGGAUGAUGAUGGGAACAGUCACUGGGUGUUUGAGUCCAGGAAGGGCAGUGUAAAGCAGCUUCCAUCCUCUCUCCCAUCUGAUUCUGAGGAGCGGAUCUUCUGGUUGGGCUUGAUCAUCUGCCCUGUCCUCUGGAUCAUUUUUACCUUCACUGCACUUCUCUCCUUCAACAUCAAAUGGCUGGCGGUGGUGAUUAUGGGUGUCGUCCUGCAGGGGGCUAAUCUCUACGGGUACGUGCGCUGUAAAGUAGGCACCAGGACUAACUUGAAGAACAUGGCCACCAGCUACUUAGGAAAACGUUUUUUCAAACAGGCUGUGAGUAAGCAGGAGGGAUCAUGAAGAGGAUCUGAGAACAUUUUACUGUUUGCAAUAUUACAUUUGCGAAGUGUUAAAGAAAUAACCUUUUUUACAGCAGCAUGUUACUUAGAUCCACACAGCAGACUCUGCAACUACAUUAUUUUGAACAGACAUUUUACAUUUAGUAUAAUCAUAGAAUUUUUAGAAGUUAAACCAAAAAAAUGCUGGGAGUUCAGAUUUCUUUAAAUUAUUAACUUAAAACUUUAGGAUGUACUUUAAGAUUACAUGAAGGUUUUGGACUUAAAAUUGUGUAUCUUGCUCUGAUAAAUCAUAGGGACAGUUGAAUGAAGUCCUUUGUCAAAAGCCCAGACUCAGAGACUUUAGAGUCUAAGUGUUCUACACAAAUCAUCUGUUCAUCUGUUUGGUGUUUUAAAAUGACUAAGACUGCUUUUUCACAGAGUUAUUCAUUAAUCCUUCCUAUUUUAUUAAUUAUAGUUUAUUUUAGGGCUGUACAAUAUAUUUAUUUAUUAAUGCAGUAUUAGCCCUUGUACUAUUAAUAUUGCAAAGAGCUGAAAUAUGCAAAUGGCCCUUUAACAGAUUACAGACUUUUUUAUUGUGUGUUGAGAGCACCUGAUCAAUCUCAAACAGUAUUAAAUUUUUUUUGAUAAAAAUGGAUUUCACAAAUUCCAAGUUUGGUUAAAAUAAUUUCUUUAGAUCAGCCUUUUUAUCAUGUCAAAUCAAGGGUUCACUUGUGCAAUUUUAGAUAUUGCACGACUUCACAAUAUGUAGCAAUAUAUUUUCAGUAUGGUCUUUUUGAUCAUUUUGUACAGCCCUAAUACAUAUAAACAUACCUUUUGUUUAUAUCCAUGUUAUUAAAACUACAAAGCAUGUAAUGUCUUGUGUGCUUUUUACUGAUGUUUUAUUGACAUUUGUAGAUGUGUUAAAACAUGUACAUACUUGUGUAUAUGAAAUUAUGUAAAAUAUUUUGUUUUGUGAAUGUGAAUAUAACAUUUCCGAAACUCUUUAUGUGAACUUUAAUAAUGUUUUUGUGAUAUUUAAAAUAAAAUUUUGGAUUACAUUUGAAAGUCCUUGCAGAUUACAGUAUUAAGAUCAGGUUUGAAUGGUUUCUCUCUGUGUAAAGUAAUGGGGCCCUCCUUGAUGAAAUUAAAACAAUAAAUGUAUACUUCAGUUUUUUAA